AUGGGCGAGUCAAUAAAAGAUGGAUCCAUAUCUGCCGUUCUCAAAGCGGCGGGCGAGUCAGUGGAGGAGGACGAGGUUAUAGCGCAGAUUGAGACGGACAAGGUCACCAUUGACGUGCGCAGCCCCAGAGCAGGAGUCCUGCAGAAGAUUGAAGUGAAGGUGGGAGACACGGUCACUCCCGGCACCACCGUCGCCUUCGUCUCCCCUUCCUCUGCCGCACCACCAGCCAAGCCCGCAGCAGGAGGAGUGCAGGCGCCGUCAGCAGCAGAAGCAGCGGUGGGGCCAAUAGGAGAUGAGGAGGUGGAGGGCGAGGGGGUGGAUGAGUACAGCUUGGUGCAUGGGGACGACACGGUGGAGGUGGUGGUGCCAUCCAUGGGGGAGUCUGUCAACGAUGGCGUGCUGGCUGCCCUGCUCAAGAGUGAGGAGUGGGAGGGGGAGGGGGAGGGCGAGGGCGAGGGGGUGGAUGAGUACAGCGUGGUGCAUGGGGACGACAUGGUGGAGGUGGUGGUGCCAACCAUGGGGGAGUCUGUCAACGAUGGUGUGCUGGCUGCCCUGCUCAAGAGUGUGGGCGACAGUGUGCGCAUGGAUGAAGUGAUCGGACAGGUGGAGACAGACAAGGUGAUGAUAGACGUGCGCACUCCAGAUGAGGGCGUGGUGGAGCCAGUGACGAUAGACGUGCGCAGUCCAGACGAGGGAGUGGUGGAGGCAGUGAGCGUGCAGCUGGGCGACACUGUCACACCCGGCACGCCCAUUGCUGUCGUGCGCCGCGCCAAGGCCCUUCCCGCCUCCACCACGCUCGCUGACCGUGUCGUCGAGGCCGUGGAGGGGCCCCGCCCCGUGCCUGUUGCCCUCGCUGCUCCCCCGCCUCCUCCCCCUCCACCUGCCUCCCGGCCAUCUGCUGCUGCUGCUGCUCCUGCGGGGGGUUCUGUUCUGCCCAUUAUCCCCAGGCAGAAGGAGCGACGGGUGCCCAUGACUCGCCUGCGGCGGCACGUGGCGCAGCGACUCAAGGACUCACAGAACACGACUUCUGAGAUGGUUGAUAAACAAUUCACCUUCUCAUCGUGCUCCCUUCCCCCUUUGCUCACGUAUAUUGGUGUUGCGCUGCUGUGCACGCUGCCCUGUAUCCUCUACCCUCCUUUCCUCCUCCAGGUGCCCAUGACGCGGCUGCGGCGGCGUGUGGCGCAGCGACUCAAGGACUCACAGAACACGUUCGCCAUGCUCACCACGUUCAAUGAGAUCGACAUGACGAACCUGAUCGUGCUGCGCAACGAUUUCAAGGACGCCUUCUAUGAGAAGCACGGCAUCAAGCUCGGCUUCAUGACGAACCUGAUCGUGCUGCGCAACGAUUUCAAGGACGCCUUCUAUGAGAAGCACGGCAUCAAGCUCGGCUUCAUGUCCGCCUUCGUCAAGGCGGCAUCCAGUGCGCUGCAGCAGGAGCCAGCAGUGAACGCGGUGAUCGAUGGGGAUGACAUCGUGUAUCGCGACUACAUUGACGUCAGCAUUGCUGUCGGCACUCCUAAGGGCCUGGUGGUGCCGGUGAUUCGCAAGGUGCACGAGAUGAGCUUCGUGGACGUGGAGCGCACUGUAGCAGAGCUGGGAAAGAAGGCGCGGGACGGCACCAUUUCCAUUGAUGACAUGGCGGGUGGCACCUUCACCAUCUCCAAUGGGGGCGUGUAUGGCAGCCUCAUCAGCACGCCCAUCAUCAACCCGCCUCAGGAGCUGGGCAAGAAGGCGCGGGACGGCACCAUAUCCAUUGAUGACAUGGCGGGUGGCACCUUCACCAUCUCCAAUGGGGGCGUGUACGGGAGUCUUAUCAGCACACCCAUCAUCAACCCGCCUCAGUCGGCCAUCCUGGGCAUGCAUGCCAUUCAGCAGCGCCCUGUCGUUAUCGGCAAGGACAUCGUGGCCCGCCCCAUGAUGUACGUGGCGCUCACAUACGACCACCGCCUCAUCGACGGCAGAGAGGCCGUGCUGUUCCUGCGCCGCAUCAAGGACAUUGUGGAGGAUCCUAGGCGUAUUCUCCUGGACAUAUAA